AUGGGCGCAAACCUCUACUCGAAUGGGACCAGUCAUGGUCAACCGAACUCACCUUUCAAUAAUCUUAAAACCAACACUGCUUCAAUCCCCUGGGCAGAGAUCUUCUCACGCCACGAAGACGUCCUCUCAGCCCAUCUGGGAAUGCUAGAAUCGGUAAAAGGACAUGUCGCACAGGACGGCGAGGCAUUUCGCGCUGUCUCCUCGAUGGUGAACAAGACAAUCCAGGCGAUGAACCAAUUCAAAGUAGUUAGGAAACACAUGUUGGCCAAGAAACCGCUCGAGAACCCCUUCUCCUCCGUCUCUUCAUCGAGUUCCAAGACACAUGCUCGGCAAACACCCACCCCACAGUCUACAGAUGUUGAGUUUACGGGCCGGAGGAAGCGACCAAGGACCGAGGAAGAGAAAGAAACCACGAGUACGGAGUCAGAAACAACUUCACAACCCGAAAUUCCGGUCUUGAAACGAAAGCGCAAUAUCGUUUCCCGCCCAGUCGCUGAGGAACUCGAUACCUCUGGCUCCUUCGAGACGGAAGAUAUCUCGGCAGAAGUCCAGCGUCGACUACGAAUCAAGGAUGAAUGCCGACGACGAAAAGAUGAGGUCAAGCCCGAAAAACGCAAACGAGAAAGUAUGGUUUCCAACGAGAGCACAUCCCCGGGCAACUCCAAGCACCGGAAGAAGCGCGCCAGGACGAGGCACGACUCGACACGAGACGGCGAGACCGCGACAGAGACGAAGGCGGAAUUGAAGACAAGAAGAUAUAUGAAAACCCGCUGA